GACGGUUGCGUGUUAUUUUUGACGGUUCACUGUAAAAGUGAACAGUGACUGUAAGUCUGAAGAGACGUUUGAAAGGUUCAGCAAAAGUUUUCAAAUACUUGAUUUUGCUUUUAAGGGUUUCAGAAGAGAUAAACCUCAACAAGGAGCAUUUUCAUUCACACCUUCACUUCAACAAUCAACUACAAGUUAAGAUUCAUGGCGAGGAAAUACGAAGGACUUGGUGUUGGAAUAGACCUUGGCACCACAUACUCGUGUGUUGCAGUGUGGCAGGAACAACAUUCUCGAGUUGAGAUCAUUCACAACGAUCAAGGAAACAGAACAACUCCUUCUUUUGUUGCUUUUACUGAAGAACAAAGGUUGGUUGGUGAUGCUGCUAAGAAUCAAGCUGCUGCUAACCCUCAAAACACUGUCUUUGAUGCUAAGAGGUUAAUUGGUAGGAAGUUUAGUGAUCAAGUUGUUAGAGAUGAUAUUCUAUUGUGGCCAUUCAAGGUUGUUGCUGGUAUCAAUGACAAACCCAUGAUUACUGUUAAUUACAAGAAUCAGGAGAAGCAGCUCUGUGCCGAAGAAGUAUCAUCUAUGAUACUCACAAAGAUGCGAGAAAUUUCUGAGAUGUACUUGGGAUCACCGGUUAAAAAUGCAGUUGUUACUGUGCCUGCUUAUUUCAGUGAUUCUCAACGAAAGGCCACCAUAGAUGCUGGUGCUAUUGCUGGCCUCAAUGUCAUGAGGAUAAUGAAUGAACCCACCGCUGCAGCUGUUGCAUAUGGCCUUGACAAGAUAACUAAUUGUGUUGGAGAACGUAAUAUUUUUGUCUUUGAUCUUGGUGGUGGAACUUUUGAUGUGUCACUCCUAACAAUUAAGGAUAAUGUAUUCCAAGUUAAGGCCACUGCUGGAAACACUCACCUUGGUGGAGAGGACUUUGAUAACAGAAUGGUGAACUACUUUGUACAAGAGUUCAAGAGAAAGAAGAAAUUAGAUAUUAGCGGGAAUCCAAGAGCUUUGAGGAGGUUGAGAACUGCUUGCGAGAAGGCCAAAAGAACACUUUCUUUUCUUGUUGUCGCCGCUAUUGAGGUGGAUUCUUUAUUCCAAGGCAUUGACUUUUCUUCGUCAAUUAAUAGGGCCAAGUUUGAGGAAAUGAAUAUGGACCUUUUCAAUGAAUGUGCGAAGAUUGUUGAAAGUUGUCUUAAUGAUGCUAAGAUGGACAAGAGUAAGGUAAAUGAUGUUGUUCUUGUUGGUGGGUCUUCUAGGAUUCCCAAAGUGCAGCAGCUGUUGCAGGAGUUUUUCAAGGGGAAGGAGUUGUGCAAGAGCAUUAACCCUGAUGAGGCUGUAGCUUAUGGGGCAGCUGUUCAGGCUGCUUUGUUGUGUGAUGACAUUAAGAAUGUUCCUAAGUUGGUGCUGCAGGAUGUUACACCUUUGUCUCUUGGUAGGUCUGUACUAGGAGAUAUCAUGAGUGUGGUGAUUCCUCGAAACACUUGCAUUCCUGUCAAGAAGACAAGACCAUAUGUUACAAUCGAAGAUAACCAAUCCAGUUCCAUGAUUGAGGUUUUUGAGGGUGAGAGAACAAGAGCUAGUGACAACAAUUUGCUUGGUUCAUUUAUUCUUUCUGGUCAUACCCUGGCUCCUCGUGGCCAUCCUUUGGAUGUCUGUUUUGCUAUAGAUGAAAAUGGUAUUUUGACAGUUUCUGCUAAGGAAAAGUGCAGUGGCAAAAUGAAUGAAAUUACAAUAUCCAAUCACAAAGAAAGGAUGUCAGCUGAAGAAAUUAAAAAAUUGAUUAAAGAAGCCGAGAGUUACCAUGCUGAGGACAUGAAAUUCCUAAGGAAGGCUGAAGCAGUGAAUGCAUUGGAUGACUACAUUUACAAAAUGAGAAGUGCUUUAAAGAAGAAUAUUAAUUUAAGGCUCUCCUCAGAAGAAAUCAAGAAGAUCGAAGAUGCAAUUAAGGUGGCCACAGGUUUGGUUGAUGAGAAUGAGAAUCACCAUUACAAUGACAUAGAUGUUCUCGAGAAUCAUUUGAAGGAGCUCAAAAAUAUGUUCGGACACAUCAUAGCUAAGACUGGUUAGCUUUUAUUUUUACUCUUUCCUAUGAAGAUUUUAAGUAUUAUCUUAAGUACGGUUUUAUAAAGUUUGUUGUACAUGUGGACAUGAUUUUAUCUUUUUGGUCUGUAGUGGGCAUGAAUGUUUAAAUUGUUACUGUCAUUGACCUAUAAACCAUAAUGGUUUCACAAGUCACUCUAUUAUCUAUAUAUCUUCCGAGCAUUCUAGAUAAA